CCUUUGUCUGAGUAAACAUAGAAAUACCCGGCUGCUGUGAAACGAGCAGUCUCCCUUUUUCUCCGCCGGGGCUCAGCCUUCUCUCCGCCCUUAGCAACCGCGCCUGGCAACGUCGCGUCGCUGGGUUGGGCGGAGUCAGCCGGCAUCAUUCGACCCGCCCUUUCGGCCGUUUGCUCGGGUUGGUUUUCUACGCGAGGCCGAGGCUAUGCGGCCUAGUCCGACGGGGGGAUGCUGAAGGUGAAGAUACUCUUCGUUGGCCCCAGCGAGGCUGGAAAGUCUGUCUUGGCAAACUUCUUGUCAGAGAGCACCGAAGGCAUUGGUAGUUACCUCCCUACACAUGCAGUAAGGAUCCUAGAAUACGAGAUGCCAAAUUUCGGUGGAAAUGGCAAAGGAGCAGGGUGUCGGUUUGAACUGUGGGAUUGUGGCGGAGAUCAAAAAUUUGAGACUUGCUGGCCAGCACUGAUGAAAGAUUCCCAUGGGGUCGUCAUUGUUUUCAACCAAGACUCGCCCACCCAUUUGAAGGAGAUUGAAAUGUGGCACUCCUGUUUUGUGCAACAACAGCAGCUGCUGGACAGCCAGUGCCUGCUCAUUUCGCAUCACAAGCCAGGCAGUGCAAUGGACCCGGAGAAUCUCACCUUGCCUCCACCGCUGAACAAGCUGCAGGUGGUCCACUCUAGCCUUGAAGAAGAACCGGAAGAUGUCCGGAUGGAAUUUGUGAAGUACCUCAAGGGCAUCACCAAGUUGGUGAAUGAGAACCGAGACAGAGAGGAGAUGCUGCUGAUCACUUAAAAGCACGAGGAACGCUGCUGCAAAGAAAAUAAAAGAAAUACUCAUUUAAACACACACAUACACAUACACUCCUGGUCUUUUGCUUUCUACCUAACCCAUUUAUUUAUUUUUUAAAAAGGAAUUUGGAUUCCCCAGGUUUACACUUAAAGAAGCAGUUUUACAGCAGUGGAAGUGGUAUGCAUGUGUAGUGUAGUGGUUUGAGUGUCAGAUUAGAUCCUGGGAGACCAGGGUUCCAAGCCCCACUCAGCAUGAAGCUCACUGGGUGACCUUGGGUGACUCUCAGCCUAACCUGCCUCAUAAGGUGGUUAUGGGGAUUCAGUGAGGAGUGGGAGAACUGUGUAUGCCACCUUGAGCUCCUUGGAGAAAAGAGUGGGAUAUAAAUGCAAUAAAUAAAAUAGAAGUUCUUGGCUUAAUCAGGGAUGAGAAACCCUUUUCAGCCCAAUGGCCACAUUCACUUCAAGGGGUCUCAUACCAGUGGCGAGCAGGGACAGAGGCAAAAGUGCGUGGAGCAAUGAAUGUAAAUUUUAACUUUGUACAGGAGGCUGGUCUAUAAACACACAUAUGCCCUUUGCCUGCAUGUCUUAUCAGCCCAAGGACACAUUCUAGCGCCCAACAAAAACAUGGAGGGUACAAAGCAGGGUUGGUGAGGGUGUAGCUGGGAAGGGGGAGUCACCUGAGGAGAGUCCCAAGGGCUAGACAGAAAAGCUUAAAGGGCCACAUGUGGCCACCAGGUCUGAGGUUCAAAAGACACUCUUUUUUUGUCUUGCUCUUUCAGCUGACUCACACCAGAGCACUGGACCAAGUGCUGUUCGUUUUUUGGUCUCACACUCAUCAGCUAGCUCUCACAAGAGCUUGGGACCAAAAGAUGCUUAUUUUUGUUCUCACACUCUCGCAUAACACAGCUGGCUUGUGCCAGAGUACUGGACCAAAAGACCCUUGUUUUUUGUCUUGUGCGAAACAGUGACUCCCGUGAGAGCUCAGGUCCAAAAAAACAAGCAUUUCAAUUUUGAUCAGUGGGAUGUUGGAGGGGUAUGGGUGACUAACAGGCUAAACUGGCUACACCUUGGUUGGUUUGUUCCUGCAUGAGUGGGUUAUAUCCACCAGCACCUAGCUGGUGCACACCAGUUUAUUAAGUAAAGAAGUAUGGCCUACUACUAAGGGAAAAAGUGGCAGCUGUGCUGCACUGUGGGAAAAGAUGAUUCCAGGAAACCAUGGCCCGUGGAACAUCAAGGGCCUUUUCUUGAGCAAUGGUGGUACACCAGACUGUAAGUCAACUCCCAACUCUUCAAUUCUAUGAUUCCUUCUGCUUACAUCUGUAUUUCCACAAAAAGGGGAAGAACUUGGUAGGUUUUGAAAAUGCCACAUAAGACACAAAGAUCUGUAAUGCACACCAUCACUUCCCCUUUCCCCAAAAAUAGAGCUGAUCUGCAAAUCAUAUGGAUGCCUACCCCUUUGCUGAGCAAUUCCAUAUUUUAUUGAGGGAGCUAAAUUCUAACAAUUUUGGUCCCAGUUCAUGUCCAGCUGCAGCUAAAGUUUGUUCUGGUUUCUUGUUUAUGUCUAUAAAAGUUUUGUAACCAGUUCACACAAUAAAAUUUAAAAUAAAGAGGCACAUUAUAAUGAUUGAUUGUACAACUGCACAGAGCAAGUUAACAGAAGUCUAAAACUUUGGGGCAAUACCUUUAUUAGGCCAACUAUAAUGAGCACCGCAACCCCAGAGUCGUCUGUGACUGGACUUAACGGUCAGGGGUCCCUUUACCUUUAUAAUGUCACAAAAUAGUGCCUAAGCUUUGAGUUCUCAAUAACUCAAUUAAGUCAGCAAUAAGGGAUAGGAAACCUAUCAGAUGGGUCUGCUCUAUCCGCCACCCCCACCCCAUGUUACUCUAAGAGCUUCUAGAUCAGGAGUGGGGAACAUUCUAGGCAACCUUUUGCAGCUCACAUGCCAGGAAUUUGUAAGCCUGGAGGCCAAAAUGGGCACAGCAGCAAAUGUAGGGUUGCCAUAUGUCCAUCCAGCAGGUAUUCAAAUUCAACUAUUUGGGAAUUACAUUCCAUCAUAGGCUUCUCUGGUCCACGCACCGUGCAACGGCGGUGAAUACCAGUUAGAUGUCUAUGCAGGCCAUAAUGCUUUUUUUUCAUAACGAGGUAAUUCACAUAUCCCUUCUGCCCUUAAGGUCUUCAACGCCAAAAUUAUAGCUCAAUUGCUCUAUGGUAUUCCAGUCUGGCUGCCAGAGUUUACCCAGUUGGUAGAAUGAGUGCAGGCAGCUUUCCUCUUCAAGAUUUUUACUGUCCCACACUGUGUACCCUAUGCAGCCUUGUGUCUAGAGCAGGUAUCCCCAAACUUUGGCCCUCCAGAUGUUUUGGACUACAAUUCCCAUCUUCCCCAACCACUGGUCCUGUUAGCUGGGGAUCAUGGGAGUUGUAGGCCAAAACAUCUGGAGGGCCGCAGUUUGGGGAUGCCUGGUCUAGAGGGAGGUCAACACAAGGUAGAGACUGUCGCCUGGGCAAGAUUUCUUCUAUGCUGGUUAAACAUCUGCCUUACAUCAGAUAAAGAUCCUAUCAUCGGCGAAGUUUUGUUAGACCCCUUUCUUUCCCCAGGGCUACAACAGUUUAACAAGAAGGUAUAGCAACUCGGUCUGUCAGUGGAACUUUUGCGAUCGAUGUCCCUACCAUCUGCCAAGGCUAUAAUAAAAACUAGGUUGUGGGAUAUUGAACGCCAGGAACUAACCGUAGCAGCAGAGAAAACAUGUUCCCCUUUUUAUUCUUUUUAUUUUCAACUUUCUUGGGCACAUGAAGCUAACCACAAUUACCUUGAAUUUCUGCUUAACCCUCGAGAAACAAGGGCAUUUUCCCUGGCCAGGUUUAAUUCAAAUCCAUCAAACCUCCUUUGGGGAAGGUUCUUAGGCAGGGUGGAAGGAGAAAUAACUUGCCCAUGUGAAGACCACCUGGUGGAAACCCUUACACAUAUGGUUCUUAAUUGUAAACUAUAUGCUGAUCUCCGUCAGCAUUUUCUAGAUCAACUCUGCAUCCCCAAAUGGAAACCAGAGUUGGAGGUCAUACAUUUUCUAUUACCGGGGAAUGAUCAGGAGCUCACCAAGUUAGUGGCUAAAUAUCUCUAUUUGGUUUUUUUGUUGUCGAAAUACACUGCAGACGUCUGAUCUCCCUGGAGACCUAGAGAUGUGAUGAUAGACUGCUCUGCCUCCUUUCUUUUAGCAAAUGUUUUGUGCCACUGUAGAAGUGGUAAUUCCGUAUUGAUUUGUUUUGGAUGUUUGUAUGUGAUGCCAAUUAAAGGUUUGAUGAUGAUGAUGAUGAUGAUGAUAUGUCCAGGCAGAAAUCACUGAAGGUCUGGGAAAAUCUGUAUGCAUAACAGCCCAUGUC